UACCGGCUGGAGCUUCGAUGGGUCGCGGGUCACGAAGGUGUCGUGGGCAAUGAGCUUGCAGACGGGGGAGCUAAGUCCGCCGCUCGUGGCCUCUCCAGUGCCUUGGCCGACCUCCCCGCCAUACUUCGGUCCCCUCUUCCCUACAACUCCUCCGCGCUCGUCCAGUCCUUCACGUCCAAGAUCACUAAUAGCUGGGCUAGUGAAUGGGCCCUCU